UGAGAGCUGCUGAGCUGUCUCGUCGUUCAGAGCUGUGACUACCUUCAUAAAACGCACGGUUAGCGAAACCGUGUGUUCUUCGCAAGUGAAAAGAGGAGAGGACGUGGGAGAUUGUUCAGCCCACUUUAGGGCUACAAUGGACCUGCAUCAAUGCUGAUUGGACAGAUACUUAACUAGGAUGUCGAAACAACCUAAUGUGGGCCAGAUGUGUUGGAGUGUGUCGCAGCCAAACUAACUAGGUUUUACAAGGAAAGGAAGACAUAGAAGAUCAGGAAGAUCACUGAGGAUGGAAGACAGGGACACCAGCAGUCUGAAGGACAAUAAAAGAAUAGAUGCCAACACACUAUGGCAGUGGCACAUUACACAUGUAAAGAAGUACUCAAGGCAUCCAGAACCAUUCCAUUACAGCAGAAAAAUGGGGUUAGAUUUUAAUGUUGGAUCCAACACACACAAGAAAUUGGAUUUACAUUCAUUGACAAAUGGUGUCAUACUGGAGGUCUGUGACUUUGCGAAAACGGUUCGCAAAAGUAAAUGGCAUUUUAUCACAAACAUUCUGGAGAACAAUUUCGAUCUUGGAUUGAAAAACAAGCAACAGCGGAUUGAGUUUACUUCUCAACUUCUGCACAAAGUCAGAGACUUGAUCCAAAAACCUCCUGAAGAUAAACAUGAAGCUUUUACUCUCUUUGACACGUCAUCUGAGCCAGAAUGUAGCAGCAACAGCAAAAGUGGGCCUAACAUGGGAUCUACAGAAUAUAAGACUGACUGUUUCCUGGUGGACAUGGAUGGUAUGGAUGAAAGUGAACAUGAAGAUAAAUUGAAGUGUUCACGAGCACCAUCUAAAGACUAUAUGAAGAUGGAAGAGAUGGAUGGACCACAUACUGAUGACAGUGGUGAUGAUGAUGAGUUGGAGUAUUCAGAGCCUCAGUCAACAGACGAACCGAAAGAGGAUGUUAUUCCUCUCUCAUUCCCUUGUUGUGCAGAAAUUGGUCUGAGCCUUGAUGUUUGGUCAAAACAAAGUCUAGAUCCAGGUUUACUGACAAAAGGCAUGAUGUUAGAACUAGUACAGUUCACUAGAGCACUGACUGCAUCCUACAGAUCUAUUGUUCUUAGUGUGUUGGAGCAUAAUUUUGAACUUGAUCUUAAAUGUCAACAGGAAAAAAAUCAAGUGUGGUUCAAGGUAUUAGACCUGCUGAAAAGGAGAGAGCGACUUAUCACUGAUUUUAAAAGUGAGCCAUUUUCCUUUCAGACAAAUCCCCUUGAAAAAGGAUCACCUUUGCCCAGUGUGGGAACGUCACUAUAUCACUUUGAAGUCAGCAAAAGAAGGCACUCUGAUUUAAGACGUAAACAGGAAAAAAGAGCUCUUUCAACAACUAGAGAACAUGUCUCCAAGCGGCGCAGAACAGAACAGGCUGAACAGGAAGAGACAAACACACUGUCUCAUCACACUGAUUUGUGGACCAGUCAAACAUCGGAGGAUGACCACAGCUAUAUGUGUCCUUUAGACUCGACGAAGUCACAGAUUCAGACGAUGAAAAUGGAGACUACUUACAAAACCAAACAACCUCUGACAUCCAUAAUGAAUCAGAAUCAAGCUGUGUGGGUAAAUGUGAACCUUUCAUCACUUCCACUGAUGGUUCAUCCAGUUUAGCAAUUGCAAGCUCAAAUGUGAACCCAAGUCAGCCUGAUGAAAGAGGACAGUAUGGACAUGAAGAGAAGACGCAUAUUUCAAGAAAUGUGCCAUACAAAUGUGACAUGGAGGAAGAGGAAAUGGAAAUGGAGAGCAACAUGUGGAAGUUGCGUGCAAACCGUGUAAAACAAAUCCUUUUCUCACUAGACAAAGACUAUGGUGCAUUCAUUAGAUCAAAAAGAAUUGGCCUAGAAUUUAAUGUUGGAUUUCGCCCAAAGCAAAACUUCAGCAUUGACUCUUUGUAUAAUUCUGUUCUGCUUGAAGUUGCUAAAUUUGCCUUAGCAAUGAAUUCAUCCCAGCAGGAUUUCAUCAUGGAGAUUCUUGAGUACAACUUUGACUUCGGCCUGAAGAGUGAAAACCAUAGGAAAACCUUUGCAUGUGAAGUUAUGAAUAGAGUAAGACAGCUUAAAAAUAGUGAAGAUGCAGUCAAACUUUCGAAAAAGGUUUUUGAACUUCCUGGUCUCGUGUCAUCGGUUGACGUGGACAGUCAGAGCAUGGGUAGUGUCAACCCUGAAGUCAGCAGCAUAUCGAGAACAACAGAGUGUGAUGUUGCUCCUUUGUGUCCUCCUGAUUUACAAGCUGAAAACAAAGAACACAGGGUGGCCCUUUAUCCUUUCUGCAAGGACAUUGGUCUGAAGCUAAACGUAAUCGGCAGUCAGCCACAUAAAAAACUUGAGAUCAACAAAUUGACCAAUGGGGCAAUGACUGAAGUGACAAACUUUGCAGAAAAGUUGUGCGGGAAAUUUGAUAAAAUUUGUCUUGAUAUCCUCAAACACAACUUUGACCUUGAUUGGCAAAAUGGAAAUUCUGACCUUGCCAAAACUAUUCUCACUCGAAUUCCUGUUAUAAUGGAGCACAAAAAUCUAUCAAAUCUAUCAGGCUCCAAGAGGUUAAAGAACUCAAUAAAAGAUUUGUCAGUGAUGGUAAUGGAUUGCCAGAACAACCCAAAUUUAGAUAAAUGUAGUACUGGCUCUUCCCAGGCUCCAAUCAUAGAACAAAAUGUAGGGAGUCCCAUUGACACCGAAAAAGAUAAUAAGCUAAAUUUAGGACUGUGGAAAUUGCGGGCUAAUCAAACUCAGCAGAUCCUCUCAGUGCCUCAUGUAGAACAUUGCCCACUUUACUCUUACUCCAGAUGCAAGAAAUUGGGCAUUGAUUUCAAUGUGGGAUCUGGAGUAAAACAAAAUCUUGAUCCAAAAUUACUGACCAAUGGCAUCAUGGUUGAAGUAAGCACUCUUGCUACAGCACUGCAAUCAGCCCAAAAGGAUUUCAUCACAGAGAUUCUGGAGUACAAUUUUCAUCUGACUUUCAACAAUGAGAUCUGUCGCAGUGUCUUCGCACAGCAAGUUCUGGACAAAAUGGCUAGAUUAACUUUUAAAUGUAAUAAAUCCAGAUUCCUGAAAAUGCCUUUUGAGCUCCCUGAUUCAAGAUUCAUCAAUGAAUCUACUUAUCCGAAAAAUAAAUUUUGCCCCAAAUGUUAUGAAGACAGAAAUUAUAAACUUUGUCAGGAUCAAGCUAAUCCUGUGAAUGUACCUCAUCCUCGUCCACAUGCCAUGACUGACGCAGUCUUUGCAGAAGCAGACUGCACUGCCCAAACAUCUACAAAGGAUCUGUCCUCUCCUUUCCAAGCAGCAGAGGAAACAAUAAUGGACAGUUACCCUCACUGCAAGAAAAUAGGUUUAAGCCUAUGUGUGGACAAAGACAAACCAAGGGAUAAACUUAAUAUCCGUGAGUUGACACGUGGUAUUAUGAGGGAAGUCGGUAUUUUUGCCAAAAGAUUGUGUGGAACAAAAAAUAAGCUAAUUAAUGAUGUUGUUGAACACAACUUUAACAUUGGUAUGCAAAGCCGAGAUGUAAAUCCUGCACUGCUGUUCCAAAGAAUGGUGGCACUACAUAACAAAGGGCCCAAAUGGUUCAGUGACAUUUUUGUUAUUCAACCAUAUCCUAACAGAGAUCCUAGAGAUAUGAGUAAACAGAAAGCGGCAUCUGCCAUGCAGAAAAAUGAAAGGAAGGAAACAACCAAAAAAAGACAAUUGGCACUGCAAACAAAGAAGGAAGAAGCCACACUGAUGAUGAGUGAAUAUAGGGGAGCUGUAAAAAUAAAGAAAGAUAAGCAGAGUUGUGGAGACCACUAUCCCAUUUGCAAAGGGAUAGGUGUGGACCUAGACUUACAAAACCAAAGAAGUUGUGAUACCCAUAGUCAAUCAGAAUCAAGCUGUCUGGGUACACAUGAACCUUUCCUCACUUCCACUGAUGGUUCAUCCAGUUUACCAAUUUUAAACUCAAAUGUGAACCCAACAUUUGAAAGUCAGCUUGAUGAAAGAGGACUGUGUGGAGAUGAAGAUAAGACAGAGAUUCCAAGAAAUGUGCCAAACAAAUGUGACAUGGAAGAAGAGGAAAUGGAAACGGCUAGCAACAUGUGGAAGUUGCGUGCAAAUCGUGUAAAACAAAUCCUUUCCUUACAAGAAAAAGAGUACUGUGCAUUCGCCUGGUCAAAGAAAGCUGGCCUUGAAUUUAAUGUUGGAUUUGGCCAAAGGCAAAACUUCAGUGUUGACACUUUGUCUAAUUCUAUUCUGCUUGAAAUUGCUAAAUUUGCCUUAGCGAUGAAUUCAUCCCAGCAGGAUUUCAUCAUGGAGAUUCUUGAGUACAACUUUGACUUUGGCCUUUGGAGCGAACACCAUAAGAAAACCUUUGCAUGUGAAGUUAUGAAUAGAGUAAGACAGCUAAAAAAUAGUGAAGAUGCAGUCAAACUUUCAAAAGAGGUUUUUGAACUUCCCGGCGUUGUAUCAUCGGUUAACAUGGCCAGUCAGAGCAUGGGCAGCGUCAACCCUGAAGUCAGCAGCAUAUCGAGAACAACAGAGUGUGAUGUUGGACCCAUGUGUCCUCCUGAUUUACAAGCUGAAAACAAAGAACACAGGGUGGACAUCUAUCCCUUCUGCAAAGACAUUGAUCUGAAGCUAAAUGUAAUCGGCAGUCAGCCAAAUAAAAAACUUGAGAUCAACAAAUUGACCAAUGGGGCAAUGACUGAAGUGACAAACUUUGCAGAAAGGUUGUGUGCAACAUUUGAUCAGAUUUGUCUUGACAUCCUCAGACACAACUUUGAUCUUGAUUGGCAAAAUGGAGACUCUGACCUUGCAAAAACUAUUCUCACUCGAAUUCCUGUUAUAUUGGAGCAAAAAAAUCUAUCAAAUGUAGCAACCUUCAAGAAAAUAAAGCCAACAAAGCACAAAGAAUUCUUAUUGAUGGUGAUGGAUUCCCAGAACAACCCAAAUUUAGAUACAUGUAGUACUGGCUCUUCCCAGGCUCCAAUCAUAGACCAAAAUGUAGGGAGUUCCGUUGACACUGAACAAGAAAAUGAGCUUGAUUUAUUGUUGUGGAAAUUGCGGGCUGAUCAAAUUCAACAGAUCCUCUCAGUGCCUCAUGUAGAACAUUGCCCAUUUUACUCCUAUUCCAGAUGCAAGAAAUUGGGCAUUGAUUUCAAUGUGGGAUCUGGAGUGAAACAAAACCUUGAUCCAAAAUUACUGACCAAUGGCAUCAUGGUUGAAAUGAACACUUUUUCUACAGCACUGCAAUCAGCCCAGAAGGAUUUCAUCACAGAGAUACUGGAGUACAAUUUUCCUCUGAAUUUGAAAAAUGAGGUCUGUCGCAAUGUCUUUGCACAGCAAGUUUCCGAAAAAGUUAAUAAUUAUCAAUUCAAAUUCAGCAAACCCAGAUACCUGAAAAUGCCUUUUGAACUCCCUGACUCAAAAUGUAUAGAAGAAUCUACUUAUCCGAAAACUAAAUAUUGCCCCAAAUGUUAUCAAGACAGAAAUGAUAAACUUUGUCAGGAUGAAUCUAAUCCUGACCAUGUGCUUCAUCCUCGUCUAGAUGCCAUGACUGACAUGGUGUCUGCUGAAGUCAACUGCACAGCACAGAAGCCUAAAAAGGAUCUGUCCUCUGCUUUCCAAGCAGCAGAGGAAACAAUAAUGGACAGUUACCGGCUCUGCGAGAAAAUAGGUUUAAGCCUAUGUGUUGACAAAGACAAACCAAAAGAUAAACUUGACCCCCAUGUAUUGACACGUGGUAUUAUGAAGGAAGUGGCCAGUUUUUCCAAAAGACUGUGUGGAACAAAAAAUAAGCUCAUUAAUGAUGUUCUUGAACACAACUUCAACUUUGGCAUGCAGAGACGAGAUGUAAAUCUUGCAUUGCUGUUCCAGAGAAUGCUUGCAUUGUACGGUGAAGGGCCCACUUGGUUCAGUGAAGUUUUUGUUAUUCAGCCAUGUACUCCGAGAGAGUUUAGAGAUGUGAGAAAAGUGGAAGACGUAUCCGCUAUGCAGGAAAAUGAAAGGAAGGAAACAACCAAAAAAAGAAAGCGGGCACUGCAAACAAAGAAGGAAGAAGCCACACUAUCGAGUGAUAACAUGGGUGCUCUAAAACCAAGGAGAGGUAGGCAGAGUAGUGGAGACUGUUAUCCCAUUUGCACAGAGAUGGAUCUGGACCUAGAUGUGGCAUCAAAACCAGGGGACAAAGAAAAACUGGACUUAAAGCUGUUGACUAGAGCUGCAGUGAUGGAGAUCUAUAAAUUUCUAAGUAAGAAGGCACGACACUAUUUCCCAGGCACUCUGUUUGACAUCCUUGACUAUAACUUUGAUCUAAGCUCACAACAUUACAGGCGGUGGGAAUUUUCCAUAGCAACUGCAUCCAAAGUCAAAACCAUGGUCAAACAGUACCGGUAUUAUUUGCACAGAGCAAAUGAGGUCUUCAAAUUACCAUUUGUGUUUGAACGCAAAGAAUCAAAAAGAUUGGUACAAGAGAGACAAAAUACAAGGCCAAAAUCAUCUGUGGAAACAACAACGAAUGAAGAAUGUAGAGCUGUUCAGCCAUUGAGAAACCUUUCAGAUGUCAAUCAUGCCCAUCUUCUUAAUGUCAAAACUAAUAAGGAACUUUGGUUUGAAGAGGAGGACACAAAGUCUCAAACCGAUCCUGGGACAAUAAUGCAGAUGACAGGGAGUCCUGUGAGUGGAGAUUGUGACAGUCGUUUCCAGGGAAACAUACAGAUUAAAGAGGAGGAAGAUGAUUCACAUUAUGGCACUAUGAAACCAGAACCAGUCACUGAGGAAAUAGAUAAACCUGCAGGAUCCUUUGGAUAUACUUUAACUAUAUGUCCAAACUCUGAAGGCCAUAUAAAAACAGAAUCAGAAACGGAGGAUGCCCAGUAUUACAACCUGGCUGAACCACAAGUAUCUGAAGGAUAUGCCAGGCACUAUGUAGGUACAAAGACUGAGAGCAGUGUGAAAACAGAAUCAGACAGUGAGGAUGUCAAGUAUGAAAUCCCAGUCGAAGCAGCAGGAUCAUCAUACUCCAUGGUAACCAUAUGUCAGGACACUGAGAGUAAAUUGAUCAAACAGGAGCAAGAAAAUCGUCCAGUCUUCAUUAUGGAGAUGUUUCAAACACAAAGUGAAGUGGACAUCAAACAGGAACAAGAUUCUUAAUAAUCUAAGUGAUGGUCCAUAAUAAAGACAGUUGUUAAACAGAUAGUGUUCAGCUGUUCGUCCAAUAUUGGGAAUUUGACGAGAAUUAGUUUUAAGGAUGAUGAGACACUGAACUCUUCUCUGUAGAUAUUACCUGAUUGUAAAUCAGCAAUUGGAGGUUUUCUGGUUUGUUUUCAGGUGUUUGUUUGUGUUUUUAAUGUUGUUUUUCCACUGUUUAUUAGUGCCUUUUCUGACCUUCAUGCUAUUUUUAUAUAAUGUGUUCAUUCUUUUUCCAAAAAGAAAAAGCUGCUUACUUACAAUGAAAAAUGAAAGACGUUGUAAACUACAAAGAACUGUGGCCUCUUUUUUCUUUUUUUUAAUUCGUGACAUAAAUGCAUAAAGAUUGAGUGUGUGAUUGCUUUAAAAAAUUUAAUCCACUUUAUAAUGCAGAUAUACUUUAAAAUGACCUAGAUCUUGAUGGAAAGUUGUAUUGUUUUAAACUGUUUUAGUACAUUUUUAAUAAAGUUUCAAAAGCAUUUCUUUUA